AAAAAGCUGAAGUAGAGAGAAAUUUCAGGAACGGAAGUAAAGAAUCAUGGCGGCUCUGGGUCUAAAAACAUAUGGCUUUUUCGCUUUACAUCUAGUUAACUAUAGACAACUAGCUUUACACCUAGUUACCUAUCUACAACUAGCUGCACCGUCUGAACCCUCAGUUUUGUCCCCAAAUUAAAGGCUUUUUAAGUGAAGAUGGCUAAAAAUAAGUGUUGCAGUCUUGCAGAGCAGAGGAAACUGAAGUAGAGAGAAAUUUCAGGAACAUAAGUAAAGGAUCAUGGCGGCUCUUGCUCAAAAAACAUAUGGCUUUUUUGCUUUACAUCAGUUACCUAUCGAUAGCUAGCUUUACAUCUAGUGACCUACCGACAACUAGCUGCACCGUCUGGACCCUUAGUUUUGUCCCCAACAGAAGAUUCAAGAAAGACAUAAAUAAAACCCUGUAAAUUGGAGGAUUGCUGAGCCUCAAAAGUAAAGCUAGAAUUGAGAGAAUACUAUAGGAGCCGCAACAUGGAAGAACAAGACACAGGAGGCGACCAGACUCCUCAUUAUUCUCAGGUCUAUGAUAAUCUGCAGCAGCUUCAGUACCAUAAUUUUAACCUACAGCAGCAGCAUGAGAUUGCGCCUUUCAAUGGUGCAAGCUAUUAUAGUGGGCAUGUGCCUUUUAAUGGUGAAAGCCAUAAUAAUAAUAACCACUAUUUUCAAGAACAAGCACAGAGACAAACUCUGCAGCAGGAACAAUUUCAAAUGGUGCCGCAAACACAACUUCAAAUGAUGCCGCAAACACAUAUUCAAACACAAACUCAGCAGCAGCAGCAGCAGCCUAGCAUGGAAAUGGAAAUUCAGAAGCGGCAGCAAAUGAAUAUGAAAAUUCAGCGGGUUCUGCUGCAACGGCAGCAGCGUUCAGAACAGUGCAAAAAUGUGAAUAUGAAUGAGGUUUCUCAGUCAAUUGGAAGACCGAUAAAUUUGCGUAAACAUGCGGACAAUCCGAAUGAGCUUUUGAAUGAUACCCUGCCGCUGGAGAACCAGAAUGUUGACCUGCAGCAGCAGAACCAGAAUGUUGACCUGCAGCUGCAGCAGCAGAAUCAGAAUGGUAAUGUGCAUCUGCAUCAUCAGCAGCAUGAUAUUAAUAUGCAAUUUCAGCAGUGGCAGAAUACGGAAAUGGAAAAUCAGCAAGUGCAGCUGCUACAGCAGCAUAAUUUGGAACAGAGCAAUAAUGUGAAUGUUAACGUGAAUGUGAAUGUGAUUUCACAGUCAACGGAGAUUGACACGGUUUCUCAACCUAUAGCUCCACCAAUAGCUCCACCAGACAGAGAGAAAAGAAAGCGUGGAAGACCAAGAAAAUUGAGUAACCAGGCGGACAAUCGGGCUUCCAAACUGCCUCUGGGUUCAACCAAGACGCCUCCGGACCUUCAAUUUGAGCAUGGGGAACCAGGACUUUUUCGAGUCAUUGUCAUUGCACCUGGGGAGGAUGUGCACGAGAAAAUUAUGUCUUUUUAUCAACAUUCACCCUUAACUGUUUGUAUAAUCUCUGCAAAAGGAACUAUUUCUAAUGUGGAUUUUCAGGAGUUUGAGCCCAGAAGAAUUGUAAACCAUAAGGGAGAAUUUGAAAUUCUUUCUUUGUCACGUUCCUACACAAAGGACAAUAAUGGCCUCCGUGUUGCAUUGAUUCAUCUAGAUGGCACGAUUUUCCGGGGGAUAGUUGGAGGACUCCUUAUUGCAGCAAGCUUUGUAGAGGUGGUUGUUGGUGUUUUCUCCUCCGACGCUGUAUAUAUCCCAGGACAAGUUGGAGAUAAAGGACCUAUCUCCAUUUCAGGGCAACCAAAUACAGAAGUAUACAGUGCUAUUAGUGAUGUGUAGUGAUGUGUAGACUAUUUUUUUUUGAGGUUUCUUUGUUGGGUCAGCGUCCUUGUUAAUGCUGUUUUUUUUUAUCAAAAACAUUUGGUGUGAUUUGGAUGAAGGCAAAAUUCUAAUGUUUAGAUUGUAAGAACACUUUUAAUUUUGAUAUAUAUAUGAACUUGUGUGUGUUAGGAACUUAA